UAGAGAGGAAGAGCGCGCGGAGAGCGAGAGCCCGGGAGAAACAGCGGCCGGCGGCAAAAUGGUGCAGCGGCUCACCUACCGGAAGCGCCACAGCUACGCCACAAAAUCCAAUCAGACCCGCGUGGUCAAGACCCCUGGUGGGAGGCUUGUGUACCAGUACACCAAGAAGCGCGCGAGCGGACCGAAAUGCCCGGUCACCGGGAAGAAGAUCCAAGGAAUUCCACACCUGAGACCUGCUGAGUACAAGAGGUCCAGGUUGGCAAGGAACCGCAGGACUGUGAACCGUCCAUAUGGUGGUGUUCUGUCUGGUACCGCAGUGAGAGAGAGGAUCAUCCGUGCCUUUUUGGUCGAGGAGCAGAAGAUCGUGAAGAAGGUUUUGAAGAUCCAAAAAACCAAGGAUAAGGCCUCCAAGAACUAGGCGAUAUAGGCAUCUUCCACAAUGUUUAAGUCCCUUAGAAUUUGUUUCAGCAAGAAAUUUUCUCGUGGGUUUGGGGAAUCCUGAUACUUACACAAGAUAUGCGAGAUGAUAUGGUUUAAAUUUUGAACGGAAGUUGCGGAUCCUUUUAUUUUUUAAAA